CAAUACUUUCAUGCGGGCGGCGUGGGCCUGAAGAAAACCUUCUUGGAAAAGAGUCCAGAUCUGCAGUCUCUGCGCUACGCCUUGUCUCUGUAUACGCAGGCUACAGACAAGCUCAUCAGGAAGUUUGUCCUCUCACAGAGCGCUCAGGUCCAUGGAGGGAAAGGGGUCCGGUACUCAGCAAAUGAAGACACAGCACCGGAGAAAGCGUCUGGAGUGGAUGCAGUCGGCGACGUGGUCAUGAACGUGGACAUUUUGCCUCAGCCUAAUGGAGAACACAAGAUCAGUGUCAAAGUGGUCUCAGCUAUUGACCUGAAAUGGAAAGCACAGGGCUUCAGGCCUUUUGUUGAAGUCUACAUCAUCGGCCCUCACCUCAGCGACAAGAAGAGGAAGUUCGCCACCAAGUCCAAGAACAACACCUGGUCACCAAAGUUCAGUGAAAGCUUCCAGUAUUCGCUGGGCACUGAGGUCGGUCCAGAGAGCUACGAGCUGCAGGUGUGUGUGAAGGACUACUGCUUUGCCAGGGAGGACCGCACCGUGGGCAUGGCCGUGCUGCAGGUGAAGGACAUAGCCAGCAAGGGCAGCGUCACCUGCUGGCUGCCACUGGGCCGACGCGUCCACAUGGACGAGACGGGCCUGACGGUGCUGCGCAUCCUCUCCCAGCGCAACAACGACGACGUGGCAAAAGAGUUCGUCAAGCUCAAGUCAGACCAGCGGUCGGCCGAGGAGGGCCGCAGCUGAGGGAGGAGGACGGCGACGAAGAAACACGUGUGCACAAGAACACCAGAGACGUACCUGAUAGACAUAGUGUUAUGCACACAUAGUACACACACCUACAUAGAUAGACAA